AUGAGAGACUUACAAGAAAAGAAAAACAAAUCACAAAAGCAUGAAACAAUUGGACGUAUAUUACAAACACGUAAAGAUGGGGAACUUAAGUCUGAACCUUUGAAAAAAGGCCAAAUGAAUGAUAUGGAGCCGCCAAGGAUGGCUACUUCAUAUUCUCGACCUUUAAACUCUAAUUUUGUUGGAGAAUCGCAAUUAUUACAAGGGAAAAGGAUUAAACCGAUAAAUACAAAGGAUAAAAGUUUUUAUUAUCAUACAGAAGAUAUGAAACAACCUAAUAGCACGAGUUCUUUUUUCAGAACAUAUGGACAUCCAAACUCCGACCUAGUUGAAGGAUCGCAAUUACUGCAAGGGGAUAAAAUCAAACCGAUAAAUACAAAAGAAAGACGCCGUCAUGCGGAUUUGAAGGAACCACAAAGCACGGGAUCUUAUUUAAGAACAAAAGGAACUCUAAAAUCUCACUUUGCUGAAGAAUCCAAAAUUGAAGCAAAAGAAAAACCGAUAACUAUGAAAGCAAGUGGCCACAAUUAUACAACUAACGAAUUGAAACAACCACAUACUGCGAGUUCUUAUUUCAGAACACAGAGAGCUCAAACAAAAUUGCAUUAUGAUUAUGACCGACUUUAUAAAAAUACUGGAGAUCCUCAAAUAGGACCAAGUUUGAAAUCAGUACGUACGAAACCAAAAGAAAAUGAUAAAAAUUAUUCACACAAAAUCGAAGGCGGUCAAGCAAAAACACCUUCUUCAGCAUCCUCUUUAUUAAGAAAAAUUACUGCUUCAUUGACACAUGGGAAUACUAAAGCAACACCAUCUCAUAAGCAAAGUAAUAAAUACGAAAGACAUCAGUCAAACGAGAGCGAAAAAUCUUCAAUUUCUUCUUCAAAUUACAGUAUAAUCAUUGGAAGCGAAAAAUACUCAACUUCAUCGUCAAAGUACGGUAUAAUGGGGGGGGGCAUAAAUCGCAAAAAUUGUGCAUGCGAUAGUAAAAUUUAUUUAAAACUUUCAGAUCUUCUUUGUUGGAUCAUUUUCACGGAGAAAACUUGCAUCCUUCAAAAAACAAUACAGGACAAGAUGAAUUUGAUUUUAAUUUGGGAGAUAAUUUGUCAAAAUUAAGCAAAUUACGUUUAAAACCAAAUAAAAAUGAAGAAAUGGAGGAAAAGCUAACUGAAGAAGAAAAAACUUCGAAUCCCAAAUCACCGUUUUCAAGAUUUCUUUCGUCGAUUACGCCUAGAAGUUUAACUCCUAAAAAUUUAACACCAAGAAGUUUAACACCAAAUAACCUAACACCAAGGAGUUUAACACCAACUAACCUAUCACCUAGAAGCUUAACACCAACAAAUUUAACGCCUAGAAGUAAAACACCAAAUUUCUCGGCAGCGAAACUUUAUGAGAAAAUAAAAUCAUAUGAGAGAAGAAAAUCUUCAACUAGAGACGUAUUUUCAUCAGAAGUUACUCAUUUGUAUUGUUUAAAUC